AUGAACCGCACGUCCGAAUGGAUUGGCAAGCGCCAGGCUAGUUUGAGUAUCGGAGACAGAAAAAAGCAUAAAUGGGACAAAGCUAACAAAUUGGCCCAGCAGUGCAACUGUACAGCAUCGGCCACCGGCACAGAGCCGCAAAGUGAGUACGUGAAUGUAACUUCAGCUCUUGCAAGAUUGACGCACAAGUUGGAUACUGUGCGGAUAGCCAGCUUGUGUCUGUUCUGA